AUGGUGGUGACACGUUUGGAGCUGGAGUUGCGGUACCACGGGGAGAAGUUGCGUGGCGUCACAUGGAAGUUGACCCGAUCGGAGCAUGGGUUCCUUCCAGAGAGUUCCUGGCUGAUCGCUGCUCAGGUCACCGUGCCUCUGCUGGUGUCCGGGCUCGGGAUGGUCUCCGCCGGAAUCGUCAUGGAUCUUAUACAACAUUGGGAGGUGUUCAAGGUGAUCACUGAAGUCUUCAUCCUGGUUCCAGCGUUGGUGGGACUCAAAGGAAACUUGGAGAUGACCCUGGCUGCUCGGCUCUCCACCGCGGCAAACACGGGUCAGAUGGAUGAUCCUGACAAGCAGUGGUUAAUGGUGUUCAGCAAUCUGGGCCUUAUACAGGUCCAGGCCACGGUGGUGGGCUUCCUGGCCGCUGUGGCUGCCAUAUGUUUAGGGGCCAUCUCCAGAGGUGGAGUGGAGAUGGACCAGGCCGCUGUCCUGUGUGCCAGCAGCAUCAUCACUGCUUUUGUAGCUGCUCUCUCUUUAGGUUUGAUUAUGAUCGGAGUAAUCAUUGGUUCCAAAAAGGUGGGCAUCAACCCUGACAACGUGGCCACUCCCAUAGCAGCCAGUCUCGGUGACCUGAUCACGCUGUCCCUGCUGGCCGGGGUCAGCAGUACCCUCUACGAAUACAUUGAUGUCUGGUACCUGUCCCCGUUGAUCUGCGUGCUCUUCUUGGCCCUGAUCCCUGUGUGGAUAAUGGUGGCCCAACGGAGCCCUCAGAUCAAAGAGGUGCUAAGGUCCGGGUGGCAGCCGGUCAUAGUCGCCAUGUCUAUUAGCAGUUUCGGAGGCGUUAUACUUGACAAAACAGUCAGUGAUCCAAACUUUGAGGGGAUGGCUGUCUUCACACCUGUUAUAAAUGGGGUCGGUGGAAACCUGGUGGCGAUCCAGGCCAGUAGGAUAUCCACGUACCUGCACUGCUGGAGCCUUCCCGGAGUGUUGCCGUAUCAAAUGAGGCAGCACUGGCCCAAUCCUUUUGUCACUUUCUUUUCUUCAGGGGUGAACUCAAAGUCUGCGCGGGUGCUGCUGCUGCUGGUGGUCCCGGGACACCUGGUCUUCCUUUAUGCCAUUUCUAUGCUGCAGGGAGACGAAGCCCCCAUCUCUCUGGCUUUCGUCGUCUGCUACCUGUGUGCGGCUCUUCUACAGGUGAGCAUCCUGUUGUACGUGGCUGACCUGAUUGUGCGCAUGAUGUGGCGGCGCAGUCUGGACCCGGAUAACUUCUCCAUCCCGUACCUCACGGCGCUGGGAGACCUGCUGGGCACUGGCUUCUUGGCCAUGUGCUUCCGCUGCGUGUCCCUGGUCCGCAGCCUCUGA